GUACGCAUACACAGUGUCUUAUCAUGCCGCAGAUCACUCGCCCACUAUCGGCGAUGUUGCGGAUGUUGCUCAACGAUGUCUUCAAACGUCGCAUCCAAGCUGCCAUUCGAGAAUGGAUACCCGCCCGGCCUACAGACAUUUGAUUCUCAUUGCCAAG